GUAUUGUUAUGGUGUUUACUCGACCAUGGUGCAUCUGGUGUUGAUAGAGACAGAGUGUCAGUGUCUGUGAUGGAGGGAGAUUCAGUCACUCUACACACUGAUGUUACAACAAACCAACAAGAAAAGAUUAGAUGGUAUUUUAACGGUGUUCAAAUAGCUCAAAUCACUGGAGAUCUCAGUUUUAUCUGUACAGAUGUUCAGUGUAAUGAAGGUACUGAGAGAUUCAGAGACAAACUGAAGCUGGAUCAUCAGACUGGAUCUCUGACCAUCACAAACACCAGAACCACAGACUCUGGACUUUAUCAACUGAAGGUCAUCCACAGCAGCGGCAGGAGUGAAAAAAUCUUCAAUGUUACCAUCUAUGGUUUUUUCACUGAUGGUGAAGAUGGAGUGUUAGUGUAUUUGAUGGAGGGAGAUUCAGUCACUUUUCAAACUAGAGUUAAAGCAAACCAACAAGACAGAAUUAGAUGGUAUUUUAAUAGCAGUCGCAUCGCUGAAAUCAGUGGAGAUCAGAGUAAGAUCUAUACAGAUGAUCAGGUUACUGAGAGAUUCAGAGACAGACUGAACCUGGAUCAUCAGACUGGAUCUCUGACCAUCAUGAACACCAGAACCACAGACUCUGGACUUUAUCACCUCAAGACUAGCAUAAACAAUGAGAGGGACAAGACCUUCAUUUUUGCCAUACGUGGUGUUUCUGCUGCUGAACAAAAUGAAACAAACUCAGUGAUGGAGGGAGAAUCUAUCACUUUACAUCCUGGUAAAAUAAAAAACCCAAAUGAUCGUAAGAUGUGGUAUUUUAAAGACAUUCUUAUCGUUCAAAUCACUGGAGAUCAGAGUGAGAUCUGUACAGAUGAUCAGUGUGAUGAGAGAUUCAGAGACAGACUGAAGCUGGAUCAUCAGACUGGAUCUCUGACCAUCAUGAACAUCACAAACACAGAGUCUGGAGAUUAUAAACUACAGAUCAUUAGCAGCAGAUUCAGCAUCAGUAGAAGAUUCAUUGUUUCCAUCACUAGUGAGUAUAAGAAUGUUAGUCAGUUUUAUCGUGAGAGUCAGUUUUAG